AGCAGUGGACAAGAAAGAAAACGCUCGUAACGCUCGCUCUCUAUCUCUCUCUCUUUCUAUAUCUUUUUCUAGGGUUUCGAGUUUGUCUAUCCUGUCAGUCAGUCCUGCACUGUUACCCAAAAUCCCUUCUUCUCCUUCCACAAAUGACGAACGUCUUCUCUGCAGUCUCUCCUUCUCGCACCACUUGCGGCUCUCUCCUUCUGGAAUUGCAGAAAAUUUGGGAUGAAAUUGGGGAGGCUGAUAGUGAAAGGGACAAAAUGCUUCAGCAACUUGAGCAAGAAUGUCUUGAUAUUUACCGCAGAAAGGUCGAAAUGACUAGAAAGUAUAAAGCUGAUUUGCAUCAGUCAUUGGAUUCUGCUGAAAUUGAAAUUUCUGGCCUUGCUUCUGCUCUUGGGGACAAUGUUUUCUUUUCACGGGGUAAGGGCACUCUGAAGCAGCAAUUAUCUGCUGUAAAACCUGUUUUGGAAGACUUGAGGUUGAAGAAGCAAGGAAGAAUGAAAGACUUUUUGGAGACACAGCUGCAGAUUGCUGGAAUUUGCACAGAAAUAGCUGGCACUGGUCAUUCUAUGAAGCCUGCUGAUCCAAAAGUUGAUGAACAUGAUUUGACAUUGAAGAGAUUGGGGGAGCUCAAGGCACAACUUAAGGAACUUCAAAAUGAAAAGUGUUUACGGGUACAGAAGGUCAACAGCAACAUUAGUAUGAUUCAUGAUCUGUCAGUUGUGAUGUCAAUUGAUUUCUUUAAGACUGUUAAUGAUGUUCAUCCUAGCUUGAUUGAUUCUGCAAAUGUUCAGUCCAAGAGCAUCAGCAAUGACACACUUGCUAGAUUGACGGGUGUGAUACAUUCACUAAAACAGGAUAAGCAACAAAGGCUACAAAAGCUUCAAGGUCUUGGACACAUGCUGAUAGAGCUAUGGAACCUCAUGGACACACCUAUUGAGGAACAAAGAAGAUGGGACCACAUUACUACCUUAAUUUCUUCCUCAGUGGAUGAGGUGUCAAGACAAGGGUGCCUUGCUCUUGAAGUUAUUGAGCAGACUGAGGUUGAAGUUGAAAGGCUGAAUGUUCUCAAAGCCGGAAAAUUGAAGGAAUUGGUUUUCAAGAGGCAAAAUGAGCUGGAAGAAAUCUACAGAGGAGUUCACAUGGAUGUAGAUAGUGAUGCAGCAAGGCAGAUUCUUAUAAGCCUCAUAGAAUCUGGUAAUAUUGAUCUUUCUGAUCUGCUUAUAAGCUUGGACGACCAAAUUAGAAAAGCCAAAGAGCAAGCUCUAAGCCGGAAGGAAAUUUUGGACAAGGUAGAGAAAUGGAAAUGUGCAUCUGAAGAAGAAAAAUGGCUUGAUGAAUAUGAAAAGGAUGAAAAUCGAUAUAGUGCAGGAAGAGGAGCUCACAAAAAUCUGAAACGUGCAGAAAAAGCAAGGACUCUGAUCAGCAAAAUACCAUCUAUUCUUGAAAAUUUGACUGCAAAAGUGAAAGCAUGGGAAUUGGAGAAAGGAAUUCCUUUCUUAUAUGACAAGGCUCCUCUCUUAAAAACUUUAGAGGAAUAUGCUGUGCUGAGGCAGGAGAGAGAAGAAGAGAAGCGUAGAUGUCGGGAGCAGAAACGCCAUCAAGAACAAUUUGCUGCCGAGCAAGAGGCGCUUUAUGGCUCAAGACCAACAGUAAAGAAGCCAUUGGGUCAAAGCAACAGUACUAACACCUUGGCUGGAACACCAACUGGGCGCCGUUUGGCCACCCCAGGCCGUCCUGGAAUCUCUUCCGGCAAGGAACGUCGAGAAAGCAGGGUUCUCAACGUAACACCUAUAAACUACGUUGCUCUUCCCAAGGAUGGUUCAGCCUCUCGGGGAUAAGCUAGUUAGUAGCAUACUCGCUUGUUUAGUUGACCUUAUGUAAAUGAUUCUCCAGGUUUUGGAUGCUUGUUGCAUUCUUCUGUUUUUGUUUGAAAUUUCUGAUGGCAGAUUACAUUGUCCAUAUGCAUUAGCCCAUUAUGAACUUUAG